UCACAACCUCUCUCUCCCCCUUCCGACCUUUCUGCGAAUCGAAAUCCCCAAUAGGGUACUAAAAUAUUACCUGCAAAACCCUAACUCACCGAACCGUUCGGUGUCAACUGUCAAGUGAGUAAAAGAAAAUGGACACGCACUCCUCGCACCUCACAGCACCGAACCGUUCCCGUAGUUCGCAGUCCCCUUCUCCGUCCCACUCUUCUGCCACAUCCUCCAUCCACAAGCGCAAGCUCCCGCCUGACGACCACGCGCCACCAUUCCCUCCCUCCUCGUUCUCCGCCGACACCCGCGACGGCGCAUUGACCUCCAACGACGACCUCGAGAGCAUCUCCGCACGCGGAGGCGGCGCCGAUGACUCUGACUCCGACGAUGAUUCCGAGGCUGCAGCCGCCGCCGCAGAUGACUCCGACGACGACUCCUCCGCCAUGCGCACCUUCACAGCCUCCCGUCUCGAGAACGCUUCCGCCACUGCCGGCGGCUCGGUGCGCAGCACGAAGCUCAAGACGGAGAACCUGAACUCUGCGACAGUGAAGAUCGAGAGCUCGGAGUGCGGCAAGGACGGUGGGACCCAGGGCGCUGGUGCUGCGGGGCCCACCGCUUCUGCGGCGGGAAGCUCGGUUCCCGGGAUCGUGGUGAAAGAGGACGCCUCGAAGAUAUUUACAGAGAAUAUACAGACCAGUGGAGCUUAUAGUGCUAGGGAAGAGAGUUUGAAGAGAGAGGAAGAGGCGGGAAGGCUCAAGUUUGUGUGCCUAUCAAAUGAUGGAAUUGAUGAGCAUAUGGUUUGGUUGAUAGGAUUGAAGAAUAUUUUUGCAAGGCAAUUACCUAACAUGCCUAAAGAGUACAUUGUUCGUCUUGUCAUGGACAGAAGCCAUAAAUCUGUGAUGGUAAUCAGACGUAAUCAGGUUGUUGGUGGGAUUACUUAUCGCCCAUAUGCCAGCCAAAGGUUUGGGGAGAUAGCUUUCUGUGCAAUCACAGCUGAUGAACAAGUAAAAGGUUAUGGCACCAGGCUGAUGAAUCACUUAAAACAGCAUGCACGCGAUGUGGAUGGGCUAACUCAUUUUCUGACAUAUGCUGACAAUAAUGCCGUCGGCUAUUUUAUCAAACAGGGUUUUACCAAAGAGAUCCACUUGGAGAAAGAUAGAUGGCAAGGGUAUAUAAAAGACUAUGAUGGAGGAAUUCUUAUGGAAUGUAAAAUUGAUCCAAAACUUCCUUACACCGAUUUAUCAACUAUGAUUCGCCGUCAGAGGCAGGCGAUCGAUGAAAAAAUAAGAGAGCUCUCAAACUGCCACAUUGUUUAUACUGGAAUUGACUUUCAGAAGAAGGAAGCUGGUAUUCCCAAAAAAACCGUUAAAGUUGACGAUAUCCCUGGAUUGAGUAAGUCUUUGUUUUAGAAAAGCUUCCCAUCG